AUGCCAAUCAAUCAAGAUUCGGCCAAUGAAGAAAUCGAAAUUGUAAGGAAUAAUUUUGGAAAAGAUUUUGAAUGUGGAUUUUUGAAAAGAAAAAUCAUGGGACGAUUUUUUCACGGAGUUCGGGGGUGUUUGAACUCGGAAAAACUGAUUACGAUGAUCAGUGUCCCUCAACUUUCUAAGAACUUUCCGAAGGAAAUGGACAAUCAAAUGUUUGAAUUAAAGCCGAUGAAAGUCUUGAAAUUUGUCUCGGUGACAAAACAAGAUAUAAUUCGUGAAUCAAAAGAUGUUGGAACUGAAAAAGAUUGGAAAAAAAGAAAAAGAAAGCAAGAAUCAGGACUGGUAGAAUCGGUAUCGGUGACCGAAUUUCUCACCAUUGGAGUCCAUUUGGAAACAUUUCAUCGAAGAUCGGGUUUAAUAAAUCGAGUCGGUCUCGAGAACCCUAUGAUCAAUUUUGACACUGAAACAUCCAAGAGCAUCAAAAGAAAAGAACUACCUCGCCACCCAAGACCUUUCCGGAAAACAGACCGAACUAAAAGAACUCAUUCUGACGUCGAGGACGCCGUCAUCUGAAGCGAGCGGGAUGUGAUGCUAAAAGGAAACAGCACAUGUUUUUCUUUUGUUCUCUCCCCAUAUUUUGACCCCAUCCAAUUAUUCCCUUUCCUUAUUUAAUGUAAACCCUAUUUUUUUCACUUGUUCGUUCAUUUAGUUUUGUUAUUUAUUUAAAAAGGAAAAGUAAAAGUAUUUUAUUUUGUAUUUGUUUAUUAAAUUGUUUGAGAAAAGAAGAGAGAGAGUUUUAUUUCUAU